AUCCUCCAGAGCUGGUCUCUUAUACACAUUCACCGCUGAUCGACUUACGACUUUUUAUCUCACCAAUUGUGUCCACAUAGCCUUGGAAGGCCAUCAGAGAGUCUGAUACAUAAUGUACAUGAUUCGCUCUCGUUCAGUGUUUGCUGUCGCUCUUGCCAUUGGAUCCGCUUCAUCAGUCUUUGCCGUACCAAUCAAUACAACUGUUGUCGUUGAUGGCGCACGGCUCGAUUCCGUCCCAAAAAUCCAGCAGUCUUCCGCCAGCGUAUCCUGUCUCGCCCACCUUCAUGAAACUUCUGAGCGACCUCACGCUGUUUUGGUCACCAGCCGCGCAGACAGUGACAUGUUGUCCCGAGACCUUAGCAUCCUUACUGAGACCAAAAACCGACGCUCAAAUAAGCCAUCUGAUCGUAGUUUGGGUCACGAACAGCUCCAUGAUUCGCGUACCAAUGUCCGUCGUGCGGAUGGUGGACCGUUGAAGCCUUCGAGAGUGACGAAGAGUUCGCCUUCAGGGGUGAAGAAGAAAGUAACUUUUCUUCAAAAUCCGGUUUCUCAAGUAAAGAUACUGGAAGCGCCCCCUCAGUCGUCUGAAGCGGCCCUCGCGGCUAAGAAGCUCGAGGAAGCCAAGAGAGCAUCUCAGAAAUACAACGAAGAAUUGAGUGCUUUAUACGAUAAAAUAAAGCAGCCAAUGAGACCUGUCAGCCUUGGCAGACCUAGUGCAGGUAGGAAACCAGGAGGAUCGCCAAUACGACCCCUUACCCAGAAGAACGUGAAAGACAUGACUAGCGAGGAAUAUCAUGCACUUUUAUUUGGGUAUCGCAAACCCUCAAAAGAUAAGCGGGGUCCAGUUAGGGCAUAGAUACAUCGAGACAGCAAGAAUAUUUGCCACACCAUGAUUAUCGCUGUAGCAUUUGAAAGCAAAUUCGCUUUAUGCAUGCUAGUUCACAAUUCAAGGCUAUGAAGUCCGUUCAAGGCUGACCCCUUGCUUUUAUAUCCCAUGUCCCCAUUCUUUUGAAGAACCCAAGCACUUUCCAUGUCUUUGACAUUCCUCAAUCGCUGUUGAGGCCUGAGGAGUAGUAUUCAUUAGGGUGCCUUACUACAAAAGACACACUUCUCGAAGAGCUAAUUUCAAUGCGAGGAAUUCAAACCAUGUAUGUACGAUUGAAAUGCAGGGAGUGAAUGAAAUCGCCAGAGUUUUGUUGCUGCAGGAUCAGACUAAGAUA